UUAAAAGAAUCGAGUAUAAUGAAAUGGUUGCUAAGGACCAAUGGUUUUUCACACACGCGCUCUGUUAAAACUGGAAAAAAUUUCAAAAUAUCAGAUUUUAGCUUAAUAUGCUGCUGCUCGACCUCGCUUUUAAUUUGUGUCAUUUUUGUUCCUUUGAGAGAUAGUUUGUAGCAGUGUUUUUCGGGGGUUUUUUUGGUUGCCUCUUUAAAUUUGGCUAAAUUUCACUUGCUGGUGUCCAUUUUCAAGUUCAUUAGUUUUUUCUAAGAUUAUUCCUCGAUUUAAAAUUGACGGUACUUUUGAUACAUGUAUGCAUUAGAACAAAUAGAGCUGUUUUAGUGACCAUGUAGACAGAAGUAUCUUGUUGAAACUUGCCAUUCAACAAUUUUUGAACUGUAUUUUCUCAAUUUACGAGUGGUCCAUUUUUGAUAUUUUUCUGUGGCGCACCAAAUGAAACAAUUCAUUGCAAUUUAUUUUACGUAAUCUGAAUUCAGGGAACAAGUGAUAUCUGCAAAAUUUUCCCAAUGUGGUUGCUCAAGCGCUUUAGCAAAUCUUAAUUUUGGGAAUAAUUUGAAUUUAUUUGAAUAAACAAACAGUAAGUGGCUUUUAAAAUUUAUUUGUUAAUAUUCACAGUGGUUUUCAAAAUAGAUUGUUGUGCUAAUAAUUUUCAGAAAACAAAUGGCAGACUGUUACUGGAAACGCAGAAUUUUUCCAAAUAUACAUUAAAUACAUUUUCGUACUUUGAAGAAUGAAUUUUUCGAUUUUUUUUGUUUACCUCAAAUUUUAUAAAGAGAAAUGGACAUUCCGGAGCGAUAGUGGAGCGAUUUUAUUAUUGCUAAUCGAGAUUAGAGUGUAAAUUGCGAUUUUUACUGGAAAAGCGUGUUCAUUUGUGUAAUGUAUGCUGCAGAUCAGCAGAUGAUUUGCAGACGACACUUAAAAGAAACUUAUGGAACGCGCAGUGUGGGUUACGUUUUGAAGCAAGUGCAUGGUUCAAAGUGAUCUCAACGUCAUCUACAUGUACUUGGGAAAUAUAAACUAAGUAAAGGCAAAAGGCUAAAGCGGAUCGAUCGCGCGCGCGCGGGGGCAGGAUAAACUUUAUGCCUUUCAACAUGGUGGCUGUGCUAAGCUGACAAGUUAGAUUUUUAAAAAGUUUGUCUUGAAGAUCUUAUUCUCAGUGUUGACUUUGGCCGUGCGUUACACCUUCAUCUCUGCCACACUCGACAGUGGACGGAAAAUCAAGGAAGGAAGCCUGUCUCGCAAGAACAAGGUUGUUGCUGCUCAAAUGCAUCAUGGCCAUGCCAAAGGAAAGGGAUCCAGAUGAGAUUGAGCAGUUCUUCACUGCUAGUGAGUACAAGGAACUCUCGGAAUAUGAAAAGAUGAGACUGAGAAACAUCAAAGAGAACUAUGAAAUGAUGAUAGAAAUCGGUUUGAAAGUAUCAAAGCCAGAGUUUAUGAAUGGUCCGUUCCGAAAGAGAAAACCCAAAUAUGUAGAUUCAAGCGACAGUGAUGAGGAAUGGAAGCCAGGAGGCACUGAGCACAAACAGAGAAAAUCAGUGUGUAGACAGAAAAAGACUUUCACGGUUCCUGUCAAGAAACAGAUGAACCUUAAAAGUUCAGCCACUGGAGAAUCUAAGCUUCCAUCAAACCACGGUUCCUCAUCAAAAGCACCCAAACAAAGGGAUGAUGAAGAUUCAUUUGACUACCUUGGCCGUGUGACAAUCAACGAUGAUGGAGAACUAGUGCCAUUAGAAGACACCCAACCUGAAGACCCAAAGCCCCCAGAACCAAAGAAAAGAUCAAGUAAAAAAGCAGAUUCGGACAAGUCUGAGAAAGCAGAACGCCGUUACCCUCAACGUGCUGGUGCCAUGAAAUGCUACAAAGACCUAGAUGGCCCAAGUGAUGACAGCUAUGUGUACUGUGAGGAUUGUCAUGAGCUGUUUGAGAAUGAUUGUCCACAGCAUCCCUUGACCAUCAUCGAAGACUCUCCAGUUCCCAAAAGGUGCAGAGACCAAGCCAAGCGAAGCCUUCCUGAGGGUUUGAUUGUCAAAGAAGCUGGGAUCAAGAAUGCCGGUCUGGGUGUUUGGGCUGAGAAGUUUUUCCCCAAAGGUGUGCGGUUUGGGCCAUACGGAGGAGAGAUUGUAGGGGAAGAUGUUGGCCAAGACAGUGGCUAUGCAUGGGAGGUUUUUGAUCAUGAUGGUAAGAGCUAUUAUGUUGAUGGCAAGAACCCCAACAAAGGCAACUGGAUGCGCUACGUCAACUGUGCAUGCAGUGAAGCAGAGCAGAACCUCAUAGCCUACCAGUACUGUGGCCAAAUCUACUACAGGAGUUUCAAGCCGAUCCAGCCAGGGCAGGAGCUCCUUGUGUUCUAUGGGGAGGAGUAUGCUACAGAGCUGGGGAUCGUGAUGACUACUGCAAAUGAUGUGAAAAAUGUCCAAAAUACUGAACGACAUCCAUGUCCAAAAUGCAGCAAGAUCUUCACUGAUUACAAGUUUCUGGCAAGACAUCUUCAGCAUUCCCAUCAAUCAUCGAAAGAGUGGUAUGACUACCUGAAGCAGCAGAAAAUCAAAGUGUCUGCCUUCAAUAUCAAUGCCUGUAACAUCAAAGUGGCCUCACAGAUCCAGCAUUCACUCAGUGGUAGGAAAAGAUCAUUCAGGAAAAGAAGUUCUCAACAGGAACAAUCGAAACGUAUCAACUCAACCGUACGUUGCUCAACUACCACCAGUAACAGAAACUACACUUGCCAGUUCUGUGGAUUGGCAUUCACAGCAAAUGCACUGUUGACAGAGCACCACAAAAAUGUACACAAUGAUCAACAACAGGAAAACUGUCAAAUUGUUGUCAAGGAUAUGGGUAUUGAUUUAAAGAAUAAAAUAAAAAUAUCUGAUAGCAAAAAAACCCUGAAGGAUUAUGGUGACAGUCGUACUGGAAAAAUGUUACAUAUAUGCAGUCAGUGUGAUAAAUCAUUCACACGGAGUGGUAGCUUGAGGAUGCAUAUGAGGAUUCAUGCAGGUGAGCGGCCAUAUGCAUGCAGCCAUUGUGAUAAAUCAUUCACACACAGUGCUCACUUGAGGGGGCAUAUGAGGAUUCAUGCAGGUGAGCGGCCAUACACAUGCAGCCACUGUGAUCAAUCAUUCACACAGAGUGGUCACUUGAGGAUGCAUAUGAUGAUUCAUACAGGUGAGCGGCCAUACGCAUGCAGCCACUGUGAUAAAUCAUUCACAUAUGGUCAUCACUUGAGGGGGCAUAUGAGGAUUCAUACAGGUGAGCGGCCAUACGCAUGCAGCCACUGUGAUAAAUCAUUUACACAGAGUGGUCACUUGAGGACGCAUAUGAGGAUUCAUGCAGGUGAGCGGCCAUACGCAUGCAGCCACUGUGAUCAAUCAUUCACAUAUAGUAAUGUUUUGAAGGAUCAUAUGAGGAUUCAUACAGGUGAGCGGCCAUACGCAUGCAGCCACUGUGAUAAAUCAUUCACACGGAGUUCUAACUUGAGGAGGCAUAUGAAGAUUCAUACAGGUGAGCGGACAUAGAU